GUUGAACAAACAAAGUAAUUGCAACACUAUGCACAUGCAGUGUAAACUUUGAAACAGAGCAAGAGAGAGGAAAGAGAAAUGGUCCAAUAAAACCAUACAUAAAGCGUGAGGUAACUGUGUGUGGUGACACAGACAGAAGCUUUAACCCUUGGUGUGGCCCGGUGUGACGUGAAACUAAGGCUGAAGUCCAGCGUGAUAGGGACUGCAGGCGACUGAAGUACUGUCAGCACCACACACACACACACACACACACACACCCCUCAUGGACUCUGAGUGUCUUAGGCAGACACACUUGAUCGAUUGUUCAGACGCGGCCACAGUUUGGUGUGAAUGAACUAAUGAGACGGCCAGAACCAAGAAGUGCAUUGAUUACAACGUGCUAAAACCAACAGAGAAGGGUCAUAGCAGGGUGAGAUGGCGUGUCUAGGGGCCACUCUGCUGCCGCCAAUGCUGUUCCUGUGUGGGCUCACUGGGUCGCUGUGUGCUGAGCCACCCGUGGCCGAAAACCUCCAUCUGCUCUCCCUAGAGGAACACAAAGCCAUCGUCAAUCUGGGACAGAAAUUGCUUCCCAGGGAUUGCCAUGAGAUAUGGGAGAGCUCAGGUGGGAAGGCCAGGGAUGGCGUCUACCUGAUCCAGCCGGCUGACACCCGCAUUGCAGCCUACUGCGCCAUGCAGGACGGUGGCUGGACCGUGGUGCAGCACAUAACAGUCAACAGCAGUGUUGACUUUGACUGUACCUGGGAGGAGUACAAACGAGGCUUUGGCUCUCUCAGUGCCAACCACUGGCUAGGCAACCAGCAUCUCCACCAGCUGACCGCUGGGCCCGUGCGCUACAAGCUGGGCAUCAAGCUGGUGGACAAGGACGCCGUCACCAAGUUUGGCGAAUACGACCCUGUGCUGGUGGAGGGCGAGGACACCCAGUACCGUCUGCGCCUGGGUCCCUUCCAGGGCACAGCAGGGGAUGCACUCACCCAGGACACAGAGAACUACCUGCACGACAACCAGAGGUUCACCACCAAGGACCGCGACAAUGACAACUACUUCCAGAACUGUGCCCGGCUGGAGUUCCAGGGUGUGGCGGGCGGGGGGUGGUGGUACGACGCAUGCGCUGGCGCCAACCUCAACCGCCGCAACGUCAUCUACUGGCAGAAGGACUGCAACAAGGAGCACUUGUGCAAGUAUGCCUGGAUGAUGGUGAAGCCCUCUGAGCUGAUCAAGGUGGUCAAAGUUAAGGGAGAGUGUGGCAAGGAUGAGCUGUGAUCACGUGACCAUCACCAAGGGUCAGGGUGAGACCAGGAGAGAUGGGUUCGAUUGAAUCAAUGUGCGGCAGCUGUGGACGGAGAGAUCAAUAGAGUGUAGUGAUGAAACCGAAGCUGAUGAUCUUGUUUAAAGCCUCACACUCACUCGUCCUAGCAGAGUUAAUUAGUUUGGGGUGACUUUUCACACAUCAUGUUGAUUAGAUUUGUGAUCAAGAACGCUUUGAUGUGUGAAGACAAGAAUGGAAGGGAAGCAUUAGAACAGUUCCACACAGGAGACAAGAUAGUUGCAAUAUACAGAUUUAUGUUUUAUAAAAAAAGAAUGAAUUAAAAUGCACAGUAAUACAUUGAACACUAAAUGAAGAAGGACGAUAACCACCAUUAGACCUAUGAAAAUAUUCAGUAGAUUUUGUCCUGAAUGGAAUAAAAGAAACAAUGCACCAGCACUGUACUUACAUUUAUGUGGACCUUUACAGAUAUGCUAUCACUUUUUGAGCAGGUAUGAAAUGGUUCAUAGCCAUAAUACUGUCAAUAUCAGCAACAAAUAAUAUCCACUCAUCACUGAAAACAGUCAAAUGCAUGAAAUGUACUAGAUUUGUUUUACCAUUGGGGGACAGCAGUAAUAUAUAGGCAUUAAUGUACAUAGUUGAUAUUUUAAUACUUUUUUCAGCUUCACAUAACAUGGCCGAUGUGGCAAUGAUUCAAUCAAAAUAUAAAACAAACUCUUUUGAUCAGGAAUGGAACAUGAACCUUUCAUUUGUAAAUUAAACUAAUUAAACAACA